AAUUACUCAAUUUUUAGUUGAAGUAUUGGUCGAAAUAUUUUUCAAGUGAACGAAUUUAACUGUCUGAAACAUUCACGAGAGCGACCAUCUGUUCAAGUGGUACUUGAUGGUAGAAGACAACCACCAUACCUAUAUAUAAAUAACACACGCGCUGUAAAAUGUCUGUUACAGUUGGUAAAGUGUAGAGAUGUUGAACAUAUUCUGUACAUUAAUUGCCCUAGCAAGCCUUUCAGGUGCUGCUCCGAGCAAUCCUAAGGCCGAGUUAUUUCCCCUGUCCAACAUCCCUAUCAGACAGGAGCUGAGAGCUGAAUUAAUUCCAUUAUCCAAUAUCCCUAUUGUGAGAGCUGAACUGAUCCCGCUAACCAACAUCCCAAUCAGAGAUGAAGUAAAGGCUGAACUCACUCCUCUUUCCAGCAUUCCUAUCAGAGAUGAAGUAAGAGCGGAAUUGAUUCCGCUUUCCGACAUCCCAAUAAUAGAUGGAGUAAGAGCUGAACUCAUUCCUCUCUCCAACAUCCCCAUUAGAGAAGAAGUAAGAGCUGAACUAACACCACUAUCCAACAUACCUAUCAGAGGUGAAGUAAGAGCUGAAUUAUACCAUAUCCGCCUAAAUGCUGAACUGAUACCUCUUUCCAACCUCCCAAUCUUGAGAGCUGAACUAACUCCUCUUUCUAACAUUCCUAUAGUAAGAGCUGAACUCACACCUCUUUCCAACAUCCCUAUCAGAGAUGAAGUAAGAGCUGAAUUGAUUCCACUUUCUAACAUCCCGAUUGUGAGAGCUGAACUUACGCCACUUUCCAACAUCCUUAUCAAAGAUGAAGUAAGAGCUGAAUUGAUUCCACUUUCCAAUAUCCCGAUAGUAAGAGCUGAACUAACUCCUCUUUCCAACAUCCCUAUCAGAGGUGAAGUAAGAGCUGAACUAACACCUCUUUCCAACAUUCCCAUCAGAAAUGAAGUAAGAGCUGAAAUGAUUCCACUUUCUAACAUCCCGAUUGUGAGAGCUGAACUUACACCACUUUCCGACAUCCUUAUCAGAGAUGAAGUAAGAGCUGAACUGGCUCCCCUUUCUAACAUCCCUAUCAGAGAUGAAGUAAGAGCUGAACUCAUUCCUCUUUCCAACAUCCCCGUCCGAGAGUAAUUAAGAUGAAAUUUCCAAAAUAAAAAUAAAUGGCUAUUUAAAAUGUAGUAGUUGUCUGAAUUAAAUAUAAUCAUGAUACGCUAAAGAUUAAUUCAGAUGAAAUUUCCA